CGCAAAGAAUGGACGUCGACGUGAACAAGGCAGUAUCUAAUGGUCCGACAGCGUCAGCUGAGUUUUCGAAUGGCGACGAGAUACCUGAGAUUGCUGCUGUCAGUCCCGCAGAAAAUGCCACUAUGCAGCAGCCGUCAUCGGCCAAUGGUCAAUCUCUCGAUUCCGACACCGCCGCGGAUCAUCAGCAGGGAGCUGCGCACAAUAAAACAAACGUGAUCGUCAACUAUCUUCCGCAGUCCAUGACACAGGACGAGUUGAAGACACUUUUUGGGAGCAUGGGUAAAGUGGAGUCUUGCAAAUUGGUACGGGACAAAAUCACCGGUGAGUAUCAGCCUCACCUCCAGCUUCCUUCCGUUGUUAAGCACGAUACACACUGGCUUUGUUUAGACAUGAGCAGAUUUCCUUUCUCAAAUGUGACAAGUCUAGGUUAUGGUUUUGUUAACUAUGUUCGCGCAGAGGACGCCCAAAAGGCGAUCGACACUCUGAAUGGUCUUCGUUUACAGACAAAACUCAUCAAGGUAUCCUUUGCUCGCCCUAGUUCGGAGAAUAUAAAGGGUGCCAAUCUGUAUGUGAGCAGUCUGCCAAAAACCAUGAAGCAGUCAGACUUGGAACAGUUGUUCAGUCCCUACGGCAAAAUUAUAACAUCUCGCAUUUUGUGCGACCCAGUGACAGGCUUGUCCAAAGGCGUUGGUUUUGUGCGGUUCGACAAGAAAGAGGAAGCUGAAGAAGCGAUCAUUAGGCUGAAUGCCUUCACGCCUCCUGGCGCUACUGAGCCAAUUAACGUCAAAUUCGCUAAUAACCCGUCGUCGAACAGCCAGAAAUCUGUUCUCCAGGCCGCUUCUGCCUUGGUUCCUCUGGCCCUUCUGAACGCAACUGCUCAGGCUCAAGUGCAAGCGCGUCGAUUUCCCGGCCCGAUUCAUCACGCAGCGGCGACUAACAGAUUUCGCUACUCCCCGUUGGGUAGUGACUUGUUGACCUCCUCGCUAUUGAGCGUUGCCGCUGCCGGUGCGUCGUCCAUAUCGUCUCAACCCGCUCAGGGUAUAGCGUUGUUCAUAUACAAUUUGCCUCCAGACAUCGAAGAUGCCACAGUAUGGCAGAUGUUUGGUCCGUUUGGUGCUGUUCUUUCUGUCAAGGUAAGUUUUGUUUCAUUCAGCUUUUAGUU